UGCUGUGGUGCUGACUGCUGUUUCACAGAUAUAUAUUGUAGUGUUCAUAUAUUUGUGUGCUGUCUGCAGUUUACUAUAAUAUCGUGUACUAUACAUGCUUACGAUUGCCCUGUGUCCUUCCUGUUGUAGCCUUAUUGUGGCUACUGCAGUAUUGUCUACUCGUUUGGUCUUAAGGCACUAAUACUUAAGAGCAUUGUAUAUGGUGUACAAUUUGAAUUUUAAUAGUUCUAUAACAUUCGCUCUCCAAUAUUGAUAACUGAUAAUCAAUUUAAAAACCAAGUUAUGUCUACUUUUAGCAAAGAUUGGUGGAUUAAGUUUUUCACAGAUGCUGGUAUUCCUUCAUUUGCAUCAUCUAAUUAUGCCAGUAUUUUUUAUGAAAAUAGAAUUCAGUCUAAUAUGUUAAUGGAUCUAGACAAAGAUAUUCUUAAGGAAAUGGGUAUAACGGUUAUUGGUGACAUAAUUGCAAUUCUUAAACAUGCUAAAGAUGUAUAUAGAGAGGGCUUUUAUGAUAGUUGUAAUACUAAUAUAGCAGAAAGUUUAAUAACUAAAAAAAUUCAGAAUGAACCCAAUGAAAUUUCAUCUCAAAAAAAAAAAAUAGUUACCAAUAAAGUAAAAAAGUUAGUUACAAAGAAGAUCAAAGUCUCAAGUGAAAGUGAAGAAGACGAAGAAGCAUUAUUAAAAAUAGUGAAGAAAAAGAUUCCUUCACAACUAUCAAACAAUUCAACUAAAGUUGUCACUAGAAAAGUAGUUCCUAAGCCUAAAACUACAAUUAAAACUAAACCAGUUAUAGAGAGUGAUGAUGAAUCCCCUCGACCAUCUGAAUUGAAAACUAAGAGCUCAGUUUUUGACCGUUUGGGUGUAGGUGAUGUAAGCAGUACAACUCCAAACUUUGAUAAUGUGAAUUUAUCCACUGACUCAAGAAAAUCUUCAGUGUUUAAACGUCUUGGAAUUAAGCAAGCCAGUGAACCCACUGCUAAUGCAACAUUUAAACGUACUAUUAAAGGAGCAAUUAGUGAUGCAUAUUAUGGACCUAGCAUUCCAACAGAAGAAUCUAGUGCUUUCACAAAAAGAAUAAAACUGGAAGAAACAAGUCUUAAUUCUUCAAAGUCUGUGUUUGAGCGUAUUGGCGCUUCUUGUGACCGUGAAAAAAAAAGCCCAGGUCUUGUUUCCAAAAGCGCUCUUAUAAGAAAUGCUAACUCAGGUGGAAGACCAAUUUAUGUUAAUCCAAAGGUACUAAAUGUUAAAAAGUUGAGUCUGUUAAACCAUUCACAUUUUAGAAGCUCAGAUUUAGAGUGAUACAUAGAUUGAAGAUUAAUCUUUCAAAUUAAAAAGUGUUAUGCAUAUAAUUUUUUUUCUGUCAUCAAUAUUAACAAAUACAAAUUUUUUUAAAUGU